UGUGUUAUGUUUCAGAGCUGAUGUUUGAGGGCACUGCUCCUCUCCCAGCUCCGCUCGCUGAAAGGACCCUGCUCCGCUGCUGUAUGUCUGUCACUGUUGGACUUAUUUCUGAGUGCACGAUGGACGGAGGACAACGUUAACGAGCUGCAUCCAUGCUGUCUGGUGCUUAUCGGGCGGAUAUCUGAACUUGGAUUUACUCCUCCAGUUUUAAGGUUAAGUUUCAGUGGACUUUUUUAAAAAUUAUUUAUUUUUUAUUUAAGCCUUUCGAACUUCAGCGAGGUUCACACAAAUACUGGAUCGUGGGAAUACAGAGGAGACUACGACUGCAGUGAGAAGAGUAUGGGGAGCCGGGGCCACUACCGGUACCACUGGCAGAGCCACAAUGUCAAACACAGCGGAGUGGAUGACAUGGUGCUGCUCAGCAAGAUCAACGAAGAUGCCAUCGUGGACAACCUCAAGAAGAGAUACAUGGAUGACUACAUCUUUACAUACAUUGGUCCUGUGCUCAUUUCUGUCAACCCCUUCAAGCAGAUGCCAUAUUUUGGAGACAAAGAAAUCGAGAUGUAUCAGGGUGCAGCUCAGUAUGAGAACCCUCCUCACAUCUACGCUCUGGCAGAUAACAUGUACAGAAACAUGAUGAUUGACCGUGAAAACCAAUGUGUUAUCAUCAGUGGAGAGAGCGGUGCAGGGAAGACCGUCGCAGCCAAAUACAUCAUGGGCUACAUCUCCAGGGUGUCAGGGGGCGGGCCCAGAGUGCAGCAUGUCAAAGACAUCAUCCUCCAGUCCAACCCGCUGCUCGAGGCCUUUGGAAAUGCUAAGACUGUGAGGAACAAUAACUCCAGCAGAUUUGGAAAAUACUUUGAGAUCCAGUUUAGCUCUGGUGGUGAACCAGACGGAGGUAAAAUCUCCAACUUCCUUCUGGAAAAGUCACGUGUUGUCAUGAGGAAUCCUGGAGAAAGGAGUUUCCAUAUAUUCUAUCAGUUGAUCGAAGGAGCCAGUGGAGAGCAGAAGAACAGCCUGGGAAUCACAAACCUGGAUUACUACACUUACCUCAACCAGUCUGGUUCCUACAAAGUGGACGACAUCAAUGACAAGAGCGACUUCCAGGAGACAAUGAAUGCCAUGGAUGUGAUUGGCAUUGCAGCAGAGGACCGCUCCAUGGUUCUUCAGAUUGUGGCUGGAGUCUUGCACCUGGGAAAUGUCACUUUUAAAGAAUCAGGCAAUUAUGCUGCUGUCGAGAGUGAAGAGUUUUUGGCAUUUCCUGCUUUUCUUCUUGGAAUUGACCAGAACCGCCUGAAAGAUAAGGUGACCAGCAGAAAGAUGGACAGCAAGUGGGGAAGUGCUUUGGAGUCUAUCACCGUGACCCUGAACGUGGAGCAGGCGUGUUACACGCGAGAUGCUCUCUCCAAAGCCUUACACUCACGUGUAUUUGACUACUUGGUGGAGUCAAUCAACAAAGCCAUGGUAAAGGAUCACCAGGAGUUAAAUAUCGGCGUGUUGGACAUUUAUGGAUUUGAAAUUUUCCAAAAAAAUGGAUUUGAACAGUUCUGCAUCAACUUUGUGAAUGAGAAGCUUCAGCAGAUAUUCAUUGAGCUCACUCUGAAGGCAGAGCAGGAGGAGUACGUGCAGGAGGGGAUCAAGUGGACUCCCAUAGAGUACUUCAACAACAAGAUUGUAUGCGAUCUCAUCGAGAGCAAAAACCCCCCGGGGAUCAUGAGCAUCCUGGAUGACGUGUGUGCCACCAUGCAUGCAGUGGGUGAGGGAGCCGACCAGACUAUGCUGCAGAAGCUCAGAGUUCAGAUCAACACACAUGAUCACUUCAACAGCUGGAACCAGGGCUUCAUCAUCCAUCACUAUGCUGGCAAGGUUUCCUAUGAUGCCGAGGGUUUCUGCGAGAGGAACCGAGAUGUCCUCUUUACUGACCUCAUUGAGUUGAUGCAGAGCAGUGAGAUCUCCUUCAUCAGAGCUUUGUUUCCUGAAAACCUCAACGCUGAGAAGAAGGGUCGCCCCACUACUGCUGGCAGCAAAAUAAAGAAACAAGCAAAUGAUUUAGUGAGCACACUGAUGAAAUGCACUCCACACUACAUCCGCUGCAUCAAACCGAAUGAGACCAAAAAGUCCAAAGACUGGGAGGAGGGACGGGUGAAGCAUCAGGUGGAGUAUCUUGGUCUGAAGGAAAACAUCAGGGUAAGGCGUGCUGGCUAUGCCUACCGUAGAAUCUUCCGGAAGUUCCUCAACAGAUAUGCCAUCCUGACCAAAGAGUCCUGGCCAACGUGGCGAGGAGAUGAAAAACAAGGUGUCCUUCACCUCUUACGUUCUGUUAACAUGGACCAGGAUCAGUUUCAGCUUGGCCGAACCAAGAUCUUCAUUAAAGCUCCUGAGUCGCUCUUUCUGCUGGAAGAGACCAGAGAGCGCAAAUUUGAUGGCUAUGCUCGGACCAUCCAGAAAGCCUGGAGGAAAUACAUGGCCCGCAAGAAGUAUGUUCAGAUGAGGGAAGAAGCUUCUGAUCUGCUGUUGAACCGAAAAGAGAGGCGGCGACACAGCUUGAACAGAAACUUUGUAGGCGACUACCUUGGAAUGGAUGACAGGCCUGAGCUACGACAGUUUCUGGCCAAAAGAGAAAAGAUCGACUUUGCUGACAAAGUUACAAAAUAUGAUCGCCGGUUCAAGGGAAUUAAGAGAGACUUGAUCCUGACCCCUAAGUCUGUGUAUAUGAUUGGAAGAGAAAAGGUGAAACAGGGACCAGAGAAAGGUCAGGUGACCGAGGUGCUGAAGAGGCGGAUUGAUAUUGAGAAGAUUUUGGCAUUGUCUCUCAGCACAUUGAAGGAUGACUUCAUGAUACUGCAUGAGCAGGAAUACGACAGCCUGCUGGAGUGUGUCUUUAAAACAGAGUUCAUCAGCUUACUGGCCCGAAGGUUUGAGGAGAAAACUCAGAGGAAGUUACCACUCAAGUUUAGUAACACACUGGAGAUGAAGCUGAAGAAGGAGAACUGGGGCUUCCUGAGUGGGGGUGGCUCCAGGCAGGUGGUGUUUGUGCAGGGUCAGGGAGACAUGCCUGUACUGAAGCCUUCAAGCAAAUCUCUGCAGAUCAGUAUUGGUUCCGGGCUUCCCAAGAAUACACGUCCAACCAGGAAGAGCUUAAGUAGGGGUCGCUCCAGUGUGUCCAGAACACACCAGCACAUCCCAUCACGAGCGGCACCAGGACCUCCAGUUGCUCACCAGAACGGUGGACUGAAAAACACCAACCACCUCGCUAAUCACAGGAACUCACAGCAUCACAGCCACAGGCAUCCCUCAUCCAACAAUGCAACGCGACCCAUCCUGCCCAGCAGCAUCAACCAGAUCAAGGAGCGAGGCGGCAGCACCCGGCAACAGCCAAACCUGGACUGUCUGAGGGUCCCUGAUCAAGGAGCUGCAGGUUCUGGAGGCAGACGGCCAUCUUCAAAUGGAGGAAUGGCCCACAGGCCAUCAGCCAGCAGACCUCCACCAGGGGGAGGGCGACCCAAGCCUGCACCCAAACCCAAACCCCAGGUGCCCCAGUGCAAAGCUCUAUAUGCCUACGACGCUCAAGACACAGAUGAGCUCAGUUUCAAUGCCAAUGACAUGAUCGACAUCAUCAAAGAGGAUGCAUCUGGAUGGUGGACGGGACGACUUCGUGGAAAGCAGGGACUUUUCCCCAAUAAUUAUGUCACCAAGAUCUAGAAGCUGCCGAUUGGCAGCACAAGGCGACAGGCCCGCUGCAUCCCUGCUGACCCUCUCAGAGGACGGGACAAAGCCAACAGAGAGAGAAACACUGUGAGACACUUCCUCCACUACUGCCUUAUAGUAACGAAUGUAAGUGUCGGUUAUGCCACAAGACCAAAAGACCAUCGGUCUUGAAAUGAGGCUCUUCUCUAAAGACAAGAAGACUGUUUGACCCCAGGGUCUGAUUUUCCUUCACAUCCCCUUUGAGUACUGAACAAAACUAUUUAUUGUAUUUAUAGCUCUGUUUCUUCCUUACUGUCAUCAUAUCUUGCUGAAGAUUUGAGCUCAAAAGUAAUGAAAUGAAAUCUGCUAAAUGUCUGGGACCAGGCUGUGAUUUUUACGCUCAAUAUGUUUCUUUGAAGGUUUGAUUGUUGAAGGAAACAUGGUUGUCUAAGUGUCAGAACUGAAGAGACCAGAGAUAUUUAUUUUAAUACAGGAAGAGACUCUUAAUAAAUCACAACAUUGUGAUUUUUUCUUUUUUUUAUUAGGAUUUUAGAUACCAAAGCAACAAACAUUUUUCUAAGUUGGUCCUGAAAAACAGUGGAAGGGCAUUUUGGUAAAGUGGUGAAUCACCUGGAAAAUUUCCUUCAUUUUGUUUGUGUUUUUGUUCUCUUAUCACAUCAGUAUAUCUUAGAUGAGCAGCAGCAGCUGGUUGUACUGUAACCUGAGCGUGGUGUCUGCGGUGUAUUAGCACUUUAUUGGUACAGGUACUACCUUGGACGCAGACACCAUCACUCCUUCAUGCCACAGCCAGUAAGUCAACUCUGAAGGACAGAUUGCCAUGCUAGCAAUAAGCCGAGUUGCUGAGAAGAAUAAUUUGUUUACAUAAAAUGAUAACAACAGGCAUCCUUAGAUCUGAUUCUGUAUAUGUGUUUAUAAGUAGGAGUGUGCCUGUUGGGUAGAAUUUAAAUUAAUUCUCUUUUUUUUUGUAUUUUUAUCUGACCUAAAAAUGCUCUUUUCCUUGCUUUUCAUAUUCACAGGGCCGCUCUAUUUCCAGUUCACCUGCAGCUAAAUAAUUGUAAUGGUUACCACACACUAGGGUGAAUACUUUUUUGUUUUAUCAAGUGUAAAAAUGUGUAUGGUGAAAGAAAGUUUUUUUGUUUUUAUGCCUUUUUUUCUGUGGCACUACAAAAAAAUCCUUUUGCUUCUGCUCCCCUGGUUCUGCACAUCAUUUGCACUGCUGAUGCAGUACUUACACAUUCCUUUGUUUUUUAAUCACAUAACCACAUUAUGCUAAAUUUAUAAAAAAAAAAAAAAAAAACUAAAAAGAAAGCUGCUGGGACUUCUGUCAUUAAAUAUAGUUUGGUCUUGGAUGGUUCAACACAUCCUUGUGCAAUACACACCAUUAGAUUCUUCUGGAGUCUUUUAAUAAAGCAUGUUAUGUUGCAUAAUCAA